AUGGCGCAAAAUAUUGCUCCCUUUCCGGCAGUGCCGCCGAGUCUGAGGUCUUUGCAGACAUUUAUGCGGAUCGCGUCAGACUUGGAGAAAAUGGAUCCAACGAUAGGCUAUUGGUGUCGUUUCUAUUGCGUUCAGACGGGACUCAAAAUUGACAGCAAAUCCAAAGAAGCGGAGAAGAAGUUGAGACACGAGAACGAGGCGGUAACCAAUGAAAUGGUAGGUCAGGCGCACGUCGAGAACUAUGCGCUCAAUAUGUUUAACAAAGCCGAUACUGACGACCGCGAGGGAAGCGCUAACAAAAACACAUCGCGUCUGUUCCUAAUCUCUUCGCAUUUGUUUGAUGUGCUGUCAGUGUUCGGAGAGGUUCCCGAAGAGGUGACCAAACGCUGCAAAUACGCCAAAUGGAAAGCCAUUUAUAUUAGUAGAUGUCUGAAGAAUGGGGAGACACCGGUUCCCGGACCCGUCGCCGGUACCGAUGCCGAAGAUUUCGACCAAUACUUACCGAACAUUCCUUCGGCUGAUUAUGGGAUGACAAGUGACUCCAAUGAGGACAACAAUACACCGCAACCUUUGCCGAGAGCGGGCGCACCAAACUUUGCGGGCAAUCAACCGGCAGUCAGUUCCAGUUAUUCAUCUCAACCAAUGGCCACCGAAACCGAGUCAGUGAUCACAGCAAUGAAUGGUAUGUCUUUGAGUGCGGAGGACGUGUUAAAGGCCCAGAAGUAUUGCAAAUUCGCUGGAAGUGCCCUUCAGUACGAAGACAUACCGACGGCUAUCACUAAUUUACAGAAGGCUUUGUCAUUACUGACCACAGGACAGGAAUAGUACUCAUAAUAGUCUUGUUGUGCAUUGUUUUUGGCUAACAUUAUCUCAUUUAAAAUUUUUUAAAUGGAUAAAUGAUUGAUUAAUUCGCAGAAAAUAUUUAUAUCACUUAUUUUAUAUACAAUACGACAGAAUAUGGCAUCAAUUCUUAAUUUGAUCGCUGCAUAAGUGGUUCGCUUUCAGAACUUCCCAAAUGAUAAGAUGAUAGCCUUUUCUCUAAACAUUUUAAACGCAAUUAAAGUCAAUUGAUUAUAAAGAAAGAAUAAUAAAUUGAAAUACAAUCUUA